GAGGGAUGGGAAACCUCAGACUCCCCCAGUAAGUCACCUCUUGCUUACGCUUUAGCUUUUUUGCCCCUGUCACUCUGUCCCUUUCUCUCCUGAAGCCUGGGCUGCACAGCCUCCUUUGUGUCCCUACUGCCUGUGGCUCCCCCUCUUCCUGCCGCUGUCCUGUGAAGCUUGGCGUGCCUCACCUGCCCUGGGUCUUGCUGCACCCUGAGGUGUCCCUCCCUGGCACACUCCUCUCAGCCCUGUCUCCUCCUGCCUGCCCGGAUGUUCAGCACCCGCUGGGGAAUUCCUUGACAUGGCCUGACUGGUUGUCCCGGAAGCUGCUCCCUGGGCUUCCUGGGUGAGCCAGUAUCUUCCUGAGCAGGGCGCCUGUCACCGCCGCCUCCCUCCUGUGGGGCCUGGGAACAGGCAGGAGCAGCAGGGACUCAGCCUUCUUUGUUCCCCCAAGUCCCUUGUGGACAUUCAAGGCCAGCAGGGCCCCUCUGGCCCAGUCGCCACUGUCCAGGUGAGCUAACUAUGUAACAGGCCCAUGAGGGCCACCCCAUGCCCCUGCUGUCAAGGGCUGCUUCCUUGUAUUCCAUAAUGAGGUCCUUGGGGUGCCACAUACCUUCUGGACCGGGGUUGGCCUUGUAGCCACCCUCCAUCUUUAUGGUGCCCUUCACCUGGAGUCAGGUAGGCAGGGAAGGCCCAUGAGUGUCAUCCUUGCUUCUGGGCUCCCAGGCCUCCCAGCUGACCUGUCAUCUUGUCCCCCACCUGCCAGCUCUCUCUCGCCUUCACCCACAGCCUCUGCCAAGUGCCUGUUAGACAUCUCAGGCCAUCACAUGCUGAAGCACAUCCAUCCCCCUUCUGGAUGAGGAUGGGCCCACCGCUGAGCAGCAUCCCUGCCAGGCCGGGUCUGUAGAGUACCCACUCCCCUUCAUAGGCUGCUGUGGCUUGUCAGUGCCUCUCUCACUUCCAAGGGGAAGCCAGGGCCUCGAGUCGGUGGGCCCUUUUGCUUUGGGUGAUGUCCCAGCAUGGAGACUGGUUGGCCGGGCCUGGCAGUUGCAGCGGGGCCUCUAUCAGUAGAAGGUGGUGCUGGUGGAGGCUGUAGCCCUUGCCACCUAUCUUCCUCGCCCUUGUGAGGACAUUUUCCUUCCGCAUGAAGCGGGGCAUUGUUCAUCAUUUGUGGUAGCUGUGUGCGUGCGGAGUCUGCUCCGAUGUGUAAACAUGGGCGUGUGUCUGGAGGCUGUGCUUUGGCGAGGGGUCGGUGAACAGGCCGGCUGUGCAGGUCCUGCGGCCUCAGGCCUCCUGGUUGCCUAACACGCGCCGGGGGCGGGCUGCAGCUGCUGAUUAAAGGCUGCCUGGAGCAGCCCAUGCGGAGACAGGUGCCAGCAGCCAGCAGCCAGCAGCCCAGGACGCCAGCCAGCCCCUGCCCAGCUUCAGGCUUCGCCGCCCCUGUGAGAAGAUCGCCAUGUCUGAGCUGCCCCGUGCAGAGACCUUUGUCUUCCUGGACUUGGAAGCCACUGGGCUCCCCAACACGGACCCUGAGAUCGCUGAGAUCUCCCUCUUUGCUGUGCACCGCUCCUCCCUGGAGAACCUGGACCGAGAUGAGUCCGGGGCUCCCACGCUCCCCCGUGUUCUGGACAAGCUCACACUGUGCAUUAGCCCGCAGCGCCCCUUCACUGCCAAGGCCAGCGAGAUCACUGGCCUGAGCAGCGAGGGCCUGGCACAGUGCCGGAAGGCAGGCUUCGAUGGCGCAGUGGUGAGGAUGCUGCAGGCCUUCCUGAGCCGUCAGGAGGGCCCCAUCUGCCUCGUGGCCCACAAUGGCUUCGAUUAUGACUUUCCUCUUUUGUGUACGGAGCUGCAGCGCCUGGGUGCCCAGCUGCCCCCGGACACUGUCUGCCUGGACACACUGCCGGCUCUGCGGGGCCUGGACCGUGCCCAUAGCCACGGCACUCGGGCUCAGGGCCACAAGAGCUACAGCCUGGGCAGCCUGUUCCACCGCUACUUCCGGGCUGAGCCGAGUGUGGCGCACUCUGCUGAGGGCGACGUACACACGCUGCUGCUCAUCUUCCUGCACCGUGCGGCUGAGCUUCUUGCCUGGGCCGACGAGCAGGCCCGCAGCUGGGCGCACAUCAAGCCCAUGUAUGUGCCUCUCGAUGGCCCAAGUCUUGAGGCCUGAGCCCCUGCUCAUUCACUCGCUCACCUACCCAACCCAGCUCAGGCCUGCAGCUGGCACAGACCGGGACCUGCCUGUACCUCUGGCCGACCCUGCCCAGUAGGGAGCCUGGGCCCGUGCACCUGCCAGGCUGCUGGCCUGCACUGCCCAUGGGCCCUGUCAGUCUGCUCUUCCAGGCUCCCCUACCCUGUUUCUCAAUAAACACCAGUUUCUCACCACCUGACUCCCUGGCCAGAGUGUGCCCCGUCAGGCUGGAGCAGAUCCCCCUGUGGAUGUGUGGGUGGGGAGACAGCACUGCUUGGCUGCUCUGAGGGGGCAGGGGCUAUAGACCCUGAGCCUCUGGCCACCUGUCUGGCUGGCCCCUUACUGUCACCUUGAGUACCAGCCCCUGGGUCUUGUUGCCCCAGAUGCCCAAGAAGUGCAUGAGCAGGGCCUUGGAGUGCGCAGGCUGAGUCUGCCCAGGGCACCAGGAAGGGGAGCUGCGUCUGCAGGGCUGGCACCUGCCCAGGUGUAAAGCUCACUCCAGCCCUUGCCUGCUGGGGGCUCACCUGGGGACCCUGUGAAAUGGCAACAGUAAACUGAUCGGUCCAAGGCGCGGGGAAGAGAAAAGUGUGGGCAUGGGGCAUUCAGAGGGCACUGACCUGAAGCUCCGGGAGAAGUAGCCUGCCUCGGGCCUGAGACCCUGGUGGGAAUGCUGGAGGCCUUGGGGUGGGGGCAUCCUUGCUGGGCUUCUGGUUGGUGGGGAGCCUGCCACAGCUGCCCCCACCCAGGUACUCGGGCCGCCUGUGCCACCAGAUCCCUGAGCAGGUAAGGGGCGGGGUGGCCACACCCAAGUGACUCAGGGAGCAAAGCCUCCAGCCCUGCACUGGCCAGGCUCUUUCAGGGAGCCCGAAAUAGGCCGCAGUGAUGAAGUGCUGUGAGCACGAGGUGGCAGGAUGAUGAGGAAAGUCCGCGUCAGACCGUCCUGGGGAGUGACGGGCUGUGGCCUGCCUCCCUGCAGCCUCACGGUAGAGAUGUGCUCUACGUGUGGGCCUGGUGGCCUUCCAGGAACACGGUGCAAGCAGGAGUGCGUGCUCAUGUGGGGCCGCCCCACGAUGGCAACUCGCACACAAACGUGUCUCCCUUUGCUUAUCGCUUAUCGUGAUGAGCCAGGUGGAAGCAGAGUGACGGAGAUCUGUGUUGGAACUUGGUGCAUUCAUGGUACUCACAAGUCCUAACCUGCGUCCCCAUCGUUUCUGCUGCCGGGCAGUGCUGAAGCCGGCCGCCGUGGCUGAGAUGUCACAGAGAUGACUGCAGCGAGAGGUGCGAGACUCAAAUGUUGGUCUCUGCCAUGUAUGUCCCCUGGGUGCAUGUCAAGCCCUGGCGUGGUGAGAUGUGGAGAUGGGAGUUUCUGCUUUUUGAUUUGUGUUCGUCCACGUUUGCAGUAAUAUGGACCCCGCUCUAUCACUUUCCCUUCCCCUCCCCUCCUUCCACCUCUUGGUUCCCUUCUGAAAAAGAUCUAGCUCCCU